AUGGCCCCCGCCGCCGACAUCCUGGGUGACAGGUGCCCCUCCAUGGUGCUGCCCAACCCGGUCUUCGAGGGCAGCGAGAAGCGCGUCGAGAUCGACUUCGCGCCCUCGGCCGCCACGCCCGCCGCCGGCCUGCGCGCCCUGAGCCGCGCCCAGCUGGACGAACUCAUGUCCCUGGCGGCCUGCACCAUCGUGUCUAGCCGCACCAACGACCACCUGGACGCGUACGUGCUGUCCGAGUCGUCCCUCUUUGUGUACCCCACCAAGUGGGUCCUCAAGACGUGCGGCACCACCAAGCUGCUCAACGCG